AUGGUGAAGGACUGCCCACAGCCGAGGAUAACUUGUAGCAACUGUGGGAAGUCGGGGCACAUUGCCAAUGAGUGUUGGGCCACUAAGAGAAGCGGUAAUGCAAGUGUAGCUAAGAGGCCGAAAUCAAGAGGAAGUACGGGGCCGAGUAUGGGGCAAAAGCCAAGCAUUCUUGGUAGAGUCUUUGCUAUGAGUGGGGCAAAGGCUUCACAGUCAGAUGAGCUGAUCCGAGCUAAAUGCAUUAUUAAGGGUCGAUUUCUUGAUGUGUUGUUUAAUUUGGGUGCUACGCACUCCUUUAUAUCUAUGGACUGUGUGAAGAGUCUGGAUUUAUAUAUGACUGAACUGCCUUGUAAUGUGGUGACUACCCCUACGGGUAAGUCAGUUGUGAAGUCAUGGGUGUAUCUGGGGUGUGCAAUGAUGGUACAUGGUAGGGAGUUCGAGGUGGACUUGAUUUGUUUACCUCUUUCUCAACUGGAUGUAAUUCUAGGAAUGGAUUGGCUGGCUACCAACCAUGUACUAUUGGACUGUGGGGAGAAGACUUUGAUCUUCGGUGCGACAAUGGCAGAGGUUCCAAGGCUUAUGAGCCAGGAAGCGUGGGAGAACAUGGUAAACACCAAGGCCUUUAUGAUUAUGUUCUCAAUGGAGGCCGAAAGCGUGGUAGAGCCGGAGUAUAUUCCGGUGGUGAGGGACUUCUUGGAAGUUUUUCUCGAAGAUGUUUCUGAGCUACCGACUGAGAGGGAAAUAGGGUUUGCUAUUAUUGACCUCAUCCCAAGGGCAAGCCCAAUUUCCGUGGCACCUUAUAGGAUGUCACCGGUGGAGUUGACAGAGGUCAAGAAGCAAGUGGGGGACUUGUUCCAGAAACGGUUUGUAAGGCCGAGUGUGUCACAGUGGGGAGCACCAGUGCUCUUGGUGAAAAAGAAAGAUGGAAGUAUGAGAAUGUGUGGAUUACCAGUAACAAUCAAGAACAAGUAUCCACUUCCGAGGAUUGACGAUUUGAUGGAUUAG